CUUUUUAUGCUUCUAACAAAUAAAAAAUUUGAAUUUAGUUCCCACUAUUUCAAAUCCAAGGGUUUCAUAUCUUUGCGUAGUUCUCUUUUAGGGCAAAUGCCAAAUUACUGAACAUAAAUAUACAUGUGUGUGUGUGUGUGUGUGUGUGUUUGUGUAGCUCCAUAAGUACACUACUGCUCCGUAUUACGUUGAUUUCGAUCUGCGCAAAGGUGAAAAAAUGAUUUAUGUUCCGCCAACUCGAAAUAUUAAUGUCCUGUAAAUAAUUUUUAAGUGACAUCAAAAAUGAUUGACUAAAAAAAAUAUUUAAAACUUAAAUUUAAAUAAAGUGCAGCUCCAAUCCAUUUAAAAAUCUAAAGUGUGGGCGGUAAACUUGUCGUAAAGUGAAAAUUCCAUCCAAAUGUGUCUACAAAAAAAAUAGUACGUUUUGACUGAACAAAAAAAUUUAAUUUUUCGUCAUCCAGACAGAACCCUUGAGCAAAAAUGUUAUAAAGAAAGCGAAAAUGGCUCCAGGGCCGGAUAAUCGACAGGACCUUACGCCACUUGAUCAAAAUCAACAAGAAACCAGCAGUCGUGGUGUUAUGAAUGAUACUAUUGAUGGUGCCACUGAGGUUCCUACGAAAGAUGUGUCUAGUGUCGUGAGUUCAUGUUAUUCGAUGAUUGCUUCUGUUGGAAAACUGGAAGAACCAGCGACACUGUCCACUUUAAAUGAAAGAGAAUUACGAGCACUGUUAGAUGAAGCUAUAACCUAUACAGGUUCAACUAAAGAUCGUGAAGGAAAGUCAAAUCUUUUUAAAGAACUUCUGCAAGAAGCAGAAGUUGAUGAAACCGAGGAGGGUCGUCGAGUGGUAACAAGUUCUCGAGGUAUACCGGGGUCGAAUCGUCGCAGACACAAAAGAGACUCUACUUGUGAACAUUUAACUCACGGUGGAUCUUUACAAAAUUUAGCCCAACCACUUAACAGUGAAUUCGAUAGCAGUUUUACUUACCUUACGUCUGGUUCUAGUCAUACUUACAGUGGGGGCAGAAGAAAGAGUAAAAAGCAUUCGGGAUCUAAUGUAUCUGCUCGUCAACGAGAAGGUGGCUCUUUACCGUCCAACGUAAACGCCUCGCAUAGUCUCGCUUCUCUUGUUAGUCUGGACCUAAUUUUCGACAAAAAGAGGGAUUUUUGCGAAGAACGAACUGUCUACUACUGGGCGAAUAAAGAGAAGUCAAGAUCCUUGGAUAAACCGUCUUAUGGCUGUGUAACUAAAAAAGAUGACAAAGAGAGCGUGGGUGCAAGCAUCGAUGCUGAUAUAAAUGAUAAAAAAUCUCCAAAAGUAAAGUAUGUCACUAAUGAAAUGAUUGAAUCAGAUUAUUCAUCGUCCAGUUACAAAGAUGAUUACAUGGUUAAUGGACUAAAUGAUAAAGAUGCAGUAAAUAGUAACGAUUCUAUAAAUUCACCACGAAUUAUCCAAUCGAAUAUAAAUGGGGAAGACACAGAGGGUACUGAGAUGAAAAUAAUUGAACCUCGACGACCAGUUCAAGUAAUAUCGUGUCCUACGUUUGAUACCGAAGAAACAUCAGUUGAUUCUUCCAUCGAAUUUCCUUUACAUGAGUAUAAUUGUAAGCAAGAUAAACCCAAGUUUACCAUAAACGGUACGCUCCAGCUGACUACUUAUAACAAUGCCAAAUGUAACGUCACCAGUGGCACUGUAUCCGGUGUUCAACAAAGCAAGGUCACUACUUCUAAUUUGCUUCCUAUAAUGCACGUUACUGGAACGCAACCAAAUAUAGCUAUGGCUGUGUCAAGACUAACUUCACAAACUAAUACCGCUAAAGAUUUUUCUGUAUCAAUUGAUAAAAAAUCAUUGGAUGAAAAUGGUAAUGCUGUGCAGAGCCAUAAUCCUGAGCGUAAAAAGUCACGAAGAAAGCACACCCAGGAGCCAAACGUGAUUGUCUACAAAGCCGAAAAUGUGGAAGGCCAUCGUAAUGAAGACAUCGAUAGCCUUAUUAAUUUCAUCGAAAAUAAAGAUGCAAAGAACAAAAAAGGAAGAACUACUAAUGGAAAUACUAUGAAAGUUAAAACAACAACAGGCCCAAAAUCCAGGAGCAGAGACAAAGAUUCCAAAAGAGAUCAACUUUCUUCGAAGUUACAAAAAUCAAAUUCUCUUGAAGAGAUAUCCAAAACUAAGUUAGAGGAUCUAACUGCUGAAAAAAGUUUGAGUUCAAGUGAAGCUAGCAGUUUUUCCUGUCAACACGGUACUAUCAACGGAGGAUUAUUGAAGAGAACAAAACAACGUAGUGCCGGCGAUUCAGCAGUUGAUAGUCGCCGAGAUCGGCAUUCUUGGGGAACAGAAGAAGGUCAGUCAAUAUAUUGCAAUGAAAUAAAAAAUGAAUUCAGCAGUAAUACCGCUUGUCCACGGAAAAAUUCUAAAAAAAUAAAUAUUGAUGUAGAACCUGAACCCGAGUUUCUGGUCGUGACAAAGAAAAAAAAAAGCAAGAGGCAACAAAGAAGUUCUAGUGGUAGUAGAACACAAAAUUUAGUAAACUCUUCAUAUUUAUCAAGGAGAAGAGAUUUUGUGAAUGACUACACAACUUCUCAUUCACCAGAAUACAGAAGAAAGUCUGCUUGCAGUGUUCCGCCCAGUGAUAAAUCAGAUAGUAGUGACUUAGAUUCCGUGCACUCACUUCCUGUUACUUCAAAUAUCAAACAUAAUGUGUCUCUAUCAUCUGUCGGAGUACCGCAAGCAAGUUAUGCCGACAUUGCGCGCAUGGCAACCAUUAAUUUGCCUCACGGUCCUGCUCUCCAUACCUCACCCACGGUACCGGCCAUGCUGGUCGCUGAAAACUGGGGAGUUGUACCCGCGAAAUCACCCUCCGAACCGGAUAAAUUCCCUCAAGACUAUUAUCCUAGUCUUGACGAACUGCAACAGUCUGACAGAAAAAUAAAACAACACAACUUCUCAAAUUCCAAUUUAAAUCAGUUCAGUUUAAAUUUCGACAAACACUCGUUACCAGACAAUUUAAAACUAAAAAACACAACUGAGUCCAAAAAGGCCGAGGCACAUGAGGAAGCUAUCAACAAAAAAAUUCAAGUUAUGAAAUACGUACAAGAACAAAAAAAUCUAAACGCUAAUUCUAUUUACGUUACUGAUCAAAACGACACUAAUUUUUCUAAAAAAUUAAGAAACUUUGGCAACAAUUCUGUAGAACAAUCGAAAAUUAACGUCUCUUGUGUAAAAGAUACCACUCCUAAUACAAAUAUUUCAAGUAAUUUUCAACAUUCAGUCAGCAAAAAUUGCCAACAAGUUCCGUCGAAUACAGGCGGCGUAAAUCAUUUCGAACCUGGUGAUUUAAAAAAAUCGGGUAAUGUACAAGAAGAGUUUAAAACAUUUAAUACGCAACACAACCAAGAAAGUAGUAGAAAAUUAACGAACUUGAAUGUCAUUGAUUGCUCUUCUACUUUAAUAAAUGUCAAAUUGGAUUCGAAAUCGUUAAUCCAGCAGAGUUCAAGUGAAGAUAACCUGAAGCCGGUGGUUAUUAAAAUUGAGAAAACAUUGAAAUUAACUACUAAAGAUUAUCCGCGAAAUGCUAAAGCAACAACGUUCAAUAAUAUAAGACCUACUUGUAUUACAUCAUCGCAGUGCGAGAAAGAAGAUUUAGAAACAAAAGAUUUAUAUAAACGUCAAAUUGUUACCAAAGAAAAGGAUUCAAAAUGUGGCUCUAAAAGUUUUCUAAAGCAAAACUCAAGACCAGCAGUCAUACUAAUGGACGAAUCUUCAUCAGAUCCAACUAAAAACAAGGAAGAUGUUUCGAGCGAACUGACAUUUGGUUUUGAAAUAAAUGAGCAGUUGCUACAAUCUGAGGAUAGUAGAGUUAAAAAACUUAAAGACAAGUCAAUUUUAGCAUCCGAACCCUCACAAUAUUCAAACAAAAUAGCAAUCAAUUUUGAGAGAGCGCCACCUUCGAUGUUUGACAAACACACAAGAUACGGAAAAUUUCCGUCAGAUUUCCAUUUGCAUUCGCCGCAUUUAUAUCAACCGCAACCUCGUCAGAUUCCUCAUACCCAGAUGAUCGUUUCAUCGACUCCGUACUUCGGAUAUGCACCGAGAUUUCAGCCACCAAAUAAUUACGUUCCACCUUCACCGUUGCUUACAUCUUCAAAUAUAAUGGAGAAAUAUAAUCAACCUAAAGAAGAUUUUUCUGCGCGUUACAUCGCACCUGAAGAAGCUGUCGAUGUGAAAAAUUAUAAUCACGACAAAAUCGUUACAUUUGUUGGUUUAGCGUGGGAUGCGGUGAUGCGUGAAAUUCCAGUGACUGAAGCAACAGGCCGAGUACAAUAUUACAGUGGCCAAUGAGAAGAAAGUGCAAAACAAACAUUUGAAUAUUGAGUUUUUAAAAUUUUAAUAAUCAUAGUGGAACCUAAAGUUUAAUUUAAAGCUACGAUCGAAAUUAUUUUGAUGCAGUGUAAAAAGUGAAAAGGUGACUAAGUGUAUCAACUAAUUUACGUUAUUAUUGUUUAUAUCGUAACACUGUUUAAUAUAUGACUCCAUAAACUAUAGAAACAUAAAGAAGGAUUUCAAAUGUAUAUACCCAUGAAAUCAUUCACCGGGCAAUUAAUAUUAAUAUGAGUUAAUCUUAAGCGAACAGUUUAAAAGCUGAACAGUUAAAUUGAAUUUAAACAACGAACUUCACUAAAAACGGAAGAAUGUAAAUAAUUCAUAAAACAGAGUGAAAUAUUUAGUGCGCUAAAGUGAUAUUUAUUAAGAUAUUUAUCACUUAUACACUAAUUUUAAUCGAGAUAUCAAUUGUUAGUAUAUAUUGUGCGUACAUUCAGGCAAAUGUAACAAAAAAUAUAAAGUUGUGUCACAUUGUGAAUUUGUGAGUUGAUUAAAAACUAUUAUGUAGAUAAAUGAUAUUUAGUCUUUGAGAGAUUUUCAUUUCUCAAACAAGAGGCCAUAAAACAAUUAUGAUUAUGGAUAGACGUGCGUGUAUAUAUGUGUAUAUAAAUAUAAAAAUAUAAUAAACGUAGAUGAAAAUAAGUGAUCGAACACUCUAUAAAGUAUAAUACACUCACACGCACGCAUGCGAACUCGUAAUAAAAUUCAAAUUAUAUGGCAUGUAUAAUAGUCAGAUUAUAUUUGACUACGCAAUGCAACAAAAGCUUCCAGCUAAGGCAUCAUUUCAAAUAUUCAAAUGAUAUAAACUAGUAUGUGUUGUAAAAAAAAAAUCUUCAGCUGAAUGAACAUGAGAAAAAUACUUCAAAAGGAUAUUUUAUUCAAAGUAUCAGAUUAAAUUAUUACGGUAAAAGACCUAAUACCCGAUCAGGGAACUAGUAUUCGAUGGAUUUGUAGUCAUCGGGUACUAGUUCUUUGAUCGAGUACUAGUUCCCUGAUCGGGUACUGGGUAUCUUACCUUAAUAUCUAGAUACUACACGGAAAAAAAUAGAGUACUGAUUACUGUUCUGUGCAGUAAUUGACAAAAAAUCUAGGGAAAAAUACAUUUUAACAUGAGUGAUUCAUAUUAGAACAGAAGUCAUUGCUCAGUACGUUCUAAGUACAGUCCAAUUUUACUUUAACACCAUAGCAUUUCAUACAGGAAUAAUGUCUCCGUGUAUAAAACUCUUAGCAUAGCUCUUGUUGCUGUAUACAAUACGAACACUUACAACAUUGCGAUAAUGGUUCCUUAGAUAUCAUUAACAUCGAGAACAGUACUCAGUUCUGUUCUGACAUGAACUAUUAUUAAAUUCCUGCCUUUACUAUUCUUGACACUAGAGACAUGAAUUUAGUGACAGUUCAUAUCAGAAUAGGACUGAGUACUGAUCUAGAUGUUAAUGAGUACGAGAUCUAAGUAACUAUUCCUCUCACUAUGUAGUAAGUGUGCAUUAUAUACAGCAACAAAAGCUGUGCUGAGAAGAUUUACUCUCCUAACCAUCAGCGCCGACUGUUUUAACAGUAACCAGUCAUAUUUCAUGUACUUUAUAGCACAGUACUGAUUACUGUUUAAAAAUUAAUAGAAUGUAGUAGGCAAUGACUCACUUCUCUUCUAAUAUGAACAUAUUUUUCCCUAAAUUUUUCGUCAGACUGCGCAGAACAGUAACCGGUACUCUAUUUUUUUCCCUGUAUGAUUGUGAAUAUUUAAUACUCACAGCGCAAUUGGUUUUUAAACGAAAAAAUAAAUAAUUAAAAGUGAAAAAAAAAGUUUUUUUUUUAGUUAGUUUAAUUUAUUUUAAACAGUCCUCGAGUGUCCUGAACAUCUAUUUAAAUUUCAGCAUUAUGGUACUAGUUAAUUUAAAUGAAUCAUUUCUUAUAUAUUUUUCUUUCUUUAAUUUAUUUUUUAUUCAAAGACUAAUGGGGGCAGAAAUUUGAAAUAUUUAAAAUUGUAUUUUAAAAGUGCCUGGUUAUUUUAACA